AUGAAGAAGGCUAUUUCUACUGUAUUUGUUGACACGAGGCAUCGGUUAUGCAUGUGGCAUGUGAUGCAUAAACUUUCUCUGAAGGUUGGUGUUAGGCUAUGCAAUUCCACCAAUUUGAAAGAACGUAUUUUUGGUGUUGUGUGGACGGAUAUUCUUACACCUGAAGAGUUUGAAUUAGAAUGGGAAGUGGUUAUCGGAGAGUUCAAUUUAGCAGAUAAUGACUGGCUAUCUGAUAUUUUUUCACUCAGGGAAUCUUGGAUCCAUGCAUACUAUAAAAUGGAAGAGCUGUCAGGCCUUAUGCGAACGACAUCGAGGUCGGAGAGUGAGAAUCAUUUUUUUAGUCAAUUGAAGAGUAAUUACCAAGUGUUGGAAGGCCAAGCUGCUGACAUAUACACAAAAAAUAUUUUUUGUGACGUUCAAGCUGAGCUAAUUGGAAUUGCGGAUUGCAUAAAUCAACGUUACGAAGAUCAGCCUGACAGUUGCUUAUGCAGGCGUUUUGAGCAGUUUGGUUUGCUAUGUAGACAUAUAUUCUAUGUUUUGAGAAGUAUGGACAUUAGGGAAUUUCUAAAACAAUACAUUUUGAAUAGAUGGCGCAAAGAGGCUUUUCCAAACUGCUCUCCUGAAUACUCAAUUAGUCAUGAAUAUAUGAUCGAGCUUGAUCCCGAUGUGCAAAGUAUGAUGCGAGAUAUUAUUUUUUCAACGCAGUAUACUUUGAACCGUUUAUCUGGUAAUAAAGAGGAGCUAUCCUUAUACAAGGAUCAUGUUCAAUCUUAUAUGAAGAAGAUUCAAGAUAUGCAGAUUGUUGCCUAG